UAUGAGAUGGCUGCAUCGCUUGUUAGUCAUUUUGCGCAUUGUAUUUUGUGGUGUGUGAUGUGCGAGUUAACGUUUUCCUUUAAAAAUAUAUGUACGUUUUGAAAUAUUAGGUGUUAUUAAAUAUUAUAUCUACUUAAAGGAUGAGCUUGAGAUUAUUACUGGCGGUCAUUGUGGUCAGCCAGGUGACAAGCAAAACUCAUUAUGGAUUCGGUGAUUACCCGAUGCACAGGCGGCCAGAUUUCCAUUAUCCUGGCUGGGGGCAUCAUCACGCUGACUGGGGUUCUUAUCCAUGGAAUUCUCAAGAAUCAGGCGAGGAUUAUUCGUGGGAAGGAGACAGGUAUCGAAAUCAAAGGUCAUCGAUGUCUACUACAACAAAAACGAUACAAAUACGUACCACUACUGUAAAUGAUAAUGCGGAUACGUCUCUUAGAGCAUCAGCUAACAUGAACCAGCCAACAACAUUGGAGAUUCUGUUAUGUUUGAGAAGUUGUACUAUUACAACUGAAUACCGACCAGUGUGUGGAACAGACAAUGUGACAUACAGCAAUCCAUCCAGGCUCCAGUGCGCAAUUAAUUGCGGUGUUGAUGUCGCAUUAUGGAAGCCUACAGAUUGUCUAAAUAAUGAGCCGAAUACUAACGUCAAUAACAGACCACAAAUAGGGAGCACUACUCAGUCUCCAGCUGCUAUACAAGCUUGCAUGAGCUCUUGUCUUGUGACGUCAGAAUAUAAUCCUGUAUGUGGGACCGAUAAAGUGACAUACCAAAAUCCGGGACGAUUGGAAUGUGCCAGGAAUUGCGGAAAAGUGGUAUCACUCUUCCGACCUUCUCGCUGCCCGCCACAAGAACCUGCAUCAGAUUCAAAUUCAGAUAAUAACAACACCCCAAGUGGAACAACAAUGACAACAACAACAGAAAGACCGUCGACAAGGCCCAUGCAAUCCAACACCAAUGGACCUGUCACUAUCGCGCCGACCAGAUUCACCAAUAUAGUGAUACCAAUAACAAACGCUCCACCUACAGAAAAUAAACCCACUAGUAAUGGAUUAGAUUUUAGCAUACCACAGCAUUUACUAGACAGUAUAUUUAAUAACGCCAGCACAACAGAAGAUACCCUAGAUUUUAGCUUUGACGAGAGAUUUGAGGAGAAUUAAUAGAAUUGAUAACUGUCAUUAGCGUCGUUAAAUUAAGUAUAGGUAAUAUUUAAUGAUUAAUAAAAAAUACCAAAUUUGAA